CGUUUUUGCGGGUCCACUAUCAUCUGACUCUUUACUCUUCAUCCCUCCGAAUUGCAUCAUCAUGGCCGGUGACGAAACACUGCAAAAGGAGCACGAGGAUUCGGCAUCUGAGGACGAGGAGGAAGAGGAUGUUAUUCCUCAGGUCAACAUCGACGUUACAAAACUCACACCUCUCUCGCCUGAGGUUAUCGCAAAACAGGCUACAAUCAACUUGGGCACGAUCGGCCAUGUCGCUCACGGAAAAUCCACCGUCGUGAAGGCUAUCUCCGGAGUGCAGACCGUCAGGUUCAAAAACGAACUGGUCAGGAAUAUCACGAUCAAGUUGGGAUAUGCGAACGCCAAGAUCUACAAAUGCGAGAACGAAGCAUGCCCGCGUCCAGGAUGCUAUCGAUCAUACCGCUCAGACAAGGAGGAGAGCCCGCCGUGUGAGCGCCCGGGUUGCAACUCGAAAAUGAAGCUCGUGCGCCAUGUGUCUUUCGUCGAUUGCCCUGGGCACGACAUUCUUAUGGCCACCAUGUUGAACGGUGCGGCCGUCAUGGAUGCCGCUCUGCUGCUUGUUGCCGGAAACGAAACAUGCCCGCAACCCCAGACGUCUGAGCACUUGGCAGCCGUCGAGAUCAUGAAGCUCGAGCACAUCAUCAUCCUGCAAAACAAGGUGGAUCUCAUCAAGGAGACACAAGCGCUGGAGCACCAGAAGAGCAUCGCUGCGUUCGUGAAGGGCACCGUUGCCGAGUCCUCGCCCAUCGUCCCCAUUUCCGCGCAAUUGAAAUACAACAUCGACGCCGUCAACGAGUACAUCGUGAAGCGCAUCCCCAUCCCCAUCCGCGACUUCACCUCGCAGCCCCGACUGAUCGUCAUCCGUUCGUUCGAUGUGAAUAAGCCUGGUGCCGAGGUGGACGACCUCAAGGGCGGUGUGGCUGGCGGCUCCAUCCUCACCGGCGUGCUCCGUCUCGGUCAGGAAGUCGAGAUCCGGCCUGGUGUCGUGACGAAGGACAGCCAAGGUCGCAACCAGUGCAAGCCGAUCUUCAGUCGAAUCAUGUCGCUGCACGCCGAGAACAAUCUGCUAGACUUCGCUGUGCCCGGUGGUCUGAUUGGUGUGGGAACCAAGAUCGAUCCGACGCUGUGCCGUGCGGAUCGGCUUGUCGGGCAGGUGCUUGGUGCGGUCGGCGAGCUCCCCAAGAUCUACGCUGAAUUGGAGAUCAGCCUUUUCUUGCUCCGACGACUCCUGGGUGUCAAGUCGGAAGACAAGAAGCAGACCAAAGUCUCGAAACUGGUCAAGAACGAACUGCUGCUGAUCAAUAUCGGGUCCACGUCGACUGGUGGCCGCGUGCUCAGUGUUAAAGCCGACCUGGCGAAGAUCCAGUUGACAUCCCCCGCUUGCACCGAAAUCGGCGAGAAGGUGGCACUUUCGCGACGUAUCGAGAAGCAUUGGCGACUCGUCGGCAAGUCUUCGCCGUCUCGAUGGGGAAGUGUGCAGAGGGGAACUGUACUAGAAGUAGACUAAAUAAAAUACACUGUUGCAGUUGAUGUAUAUGUAUCCUAUGUGUACAGCAAACACGUCGCACAGAUGAAGCGGUUGUGGUGUACAAACUGUUUCUCUGCUGAUGACACCUCCUGCUGACGCAGCGUCCACUUGUGUGUCCCUGUUGUAGUCUUCAGACUUCAGUUUAUAUUCGCUUUCAUCUAUCCUGUUGCUUCCAAAUUAACUUUUCUACGAUGCCGGUCCCAAGCGUCAGGCGGCUCGCGAAAGAUAGCGAACAAGUGCCCGCAUGCGCCACGUCAGCGGCUUAUCACGCCUCAACGCCUCCCGUGCUUCCUCAAGGUGUUCAAGCGGAUACUGUAUUGCUCGCGCUGUCCGGAGGGUCCAAGGAAGCCCUGCCAUGCCGAUCUUUUCGCGUCAGAACUCGGAUGGGAAGACAUUCGCCGCAUCUUCUGACUGCAACUGUCGUACAGUGCAUUGAUCAAGCCAGCAUCAAACGCCCUCCCCCAUGGUUCCGGGCCAAUGGGAGCUCCCGGCAGGCAGCAGGACUUUUCUUUUUCAAGGGAGAUAGCUCUCGCGUGCGCUGAUCUCCUGGGAAUUCGUGUGCCCCGCGAAUAGCACACGGGACAGGCCGCAGCCCGAAGUGUCUCGUCAGCAUCAAAGAAGCUCCGCUAUCAUCACCCAAAGUGCUAUCACUGAUUUUGGAAGGCCUUAAGAACGUGCAGGACGCAGGGAUGCGAACGCAGCAUGUCGCUUCCUCCCUUGUCAGAGUACGGUAAGCUCACCGCGAGCGAGAGCUUGGGGUUACUGCGGGCGGUCCUUACGCUUCCUGUCUCCGCCCUGUGGACGCUCAGCAAGACCUACUAUGCGCCGUACAAUCAAGAACGCAGCGUCAAGCGCAUCCUGGCGGCAGCCGCCCUGCGCUUCGUCGUGUCCAACUUCUCCUCCCGACAGGUGCAGAACGCAUUCGGCUCGUCGCUGUCCAUGUACCAGGCCUGGUCGAAGACGAACAAGCUCGCGGAGACGGUGGAGGAGAGUGGAUUCGGUGGCCGCCUUCUCUGGGUCGGGCCGAAGCGAGUGGAUCGCGUGAUCGUGUACAUGCAUGGGGGAGGAUUCAUCGUGCCCGCCCAGGAGACCUACUUGGCGUUUUGGAGGCACGUGCAACUGGAGCUGGAGAAAGCAGGCGUCGCUGUCGGUAUCGCGAUGUUCAGUUACACUCAAAGGCCCUAUGCGGUCUAUCCGACGCAGCUCAAACAGGCGGUCUCCGCGCUCAAUCACCUGACGGAUCAAGGUGUCAAGCCCGAGAAUAUCAUCUUGGCCGGCGACUCGGCAGGCGGAAACCUGGUCACUCAGGUCCUUUCACACAUCCUCCACCCGCUCGCGACCGUCCCGGAGCUCAAAUCAUCCGGUCCCUUCCUGGGCGCGUACUUGAUCUCGCCGUGGACGAACCUCUCGGAGACGAGCGGCUCGUACGUCGAGAACGAGGGGAUCGAUUACCUGAAUGCGGGCGUCUUGAUAGAUUGGGGCGGCGGAUUCCUUAAAGAUGUGCCCCCGUCGGAGCUGGCUUACGUCGAGGCGGUCCACGCGCCCGAGGGCUGGUUCGCGGGAGUGGACCAGCGUGUCAAGCGUGUGUUGAUCACCGGGGGCAGCGCCGAGGUGCUCAAGGACAACAUUCUCGAGCUCUCGGAUCUGUUCAAAAAGCACCAUCCGAGAACGGAGACUGUGAUUCAGAAGGACGGCCUGCACGAGGAUAUGUUCUUGGAUUUCUUCUUUUCCAAGGAGAAGAAGCUCGGGACGCUCACACCGCUGACAGUAGAGUGGCUGGCUGCGACUUUCAAGGAGGCGGAGUGAAGAUGUAUGUAUAUAUCAAAUUUGUAUGACUGUUGAGGACGGAAUCAGGUUUUGUCGACUACACGUCAAGUGUGUGCGUGUCUCAGUCCUUACUGGGUUGAAACAAUACUCGAUUUCCCAAACUCAGCAGUCGUAGUUACGCAACACUACAGUGACUAGCGAGCAAGCCUUCCCUUCUCAGAAGCCUCCUGCCGACCGCUCGCCACAAUCUCACAUCGAGUGUGCCGGCUUCUUUAGUAUCGUGGAUCGCUACAGGGCAUGCGAGUCAACUUCGACUAUUCACAAGAACAAGCAAUGCAAACACUCGAGCAAGUCAGUACCACAACCCAGCACUUCAGGUCUCGCACUCUUCCGCAUCUCAGACGCGCGCACUCUUUUGAACUGGAGUCCGACCGGCGGAAUGUGAUCUAUGACCGGCUCACAGUUGUGCUCAAACUCUGUGCGGGCCCAGCAAGCUCUGGCCGAUCGUGCUGCGAGUGCAAUCAUCGACACACCACUUUCCUUCCGACGUGAUAAUGCAGAUCGUCGCGACCAGGCCUGAUGUUGGGUUGAACCAGGAGCUCUAUGAUGGAAUCCCGAAUUCUAGGGGGGACAGAUGCUUCCUCUGGGUAAGAGACACCCAUUUUUGGCCAGGAAACAUCCGCAGAGACUCUCUCACCUACGUACGUGCCCGGAUUCGCGUGAUCCCAUGGACUCUGCACCCGCGUCUCCGAGGACUCAUGCUCACGCGCACUGUGAAGGACCGGGAAGAGCCCUCGGAGGACAUGCGCGGCUGAAGCACGAACGAGCUGCAGCUUCCAUGACUCACUCCUCCCGCGCAGCCCAGGGCCACAUCCGACGCGACCUUAGGUCUAUGUAACAGGGUUCUCUCCUCACCAUCACCUGAUACGAGUUCUCGCUGGUGGGGUGGCUGUUCCGAGGCUUGGACGCAGCUCCCUCGACCCGCCAGGGCACCCUCUACAUGCGUGGACUGCGCGAAUCGCGACAUGGCCUUGAAAGCGACACCGUGACUGUCUCUCGCACGUGCAGAGGGGCUCCAAAAGUUCCAUUCUCGAAUGGAAGAUGCGAUUUGACAUGUUUCUGCCUGGCAAACGAGAAUUGAUCGCACUUUUGUUUGAUCGCGCACGAAGAGAGAACAAUUAGGCGCCGCGGCGACCUUAUUCAGAGAACAACAAAACUCUCGAUCACGAUCGGGAUAGGGCAGUUACUCGAUUUAACUUAGAGUGAUCGUAUGUUAUAUGGCUAGCACGAAGUAGCGUCGCGUGUGGUACAAUCGUACAGGGCAACUAUCGAUACUGUUAC